AUGCACAGCGAGACGAGUGUGUUGCUAUGUCUCGUGUGCAUCUUGGGUUUCCUGAGAACCCCGGAAGCAUGGGCCAAGGGCGAAGAGCCGUUGGUCUUGGGUUGUGGGCUGGCCGACGGUGGCGGCAAGGAUGCCGAUGGAAGGCAAUGGGAGGCAGAUACUAAGUACUUGUCGGGAGGUGAUUCAACAACGUUCAAAGCAUUGUACCAAGACCCUUCGGUCAUGUCCGAGAUUCCAUACAUGUGGGCACGAGUUUUCACCUCAGUGGCAACGUAUAAAUUCCCAGUUCUACCCGACAAGCGUUAUUGGCUUCGCCUCCACUUUUACCCCUCCGUUUAUGGUUCCUAUAAUCCGAGCAAUUCAUAUUUCUCCGUAACGGCCAACGGGGUUACGCUUUUGAGCAACUUCAGCGCUUCUAUUACUUGUCAGGCCCUGUCUCAAGCUUACAUUGACAGAGAGUAUUCCCUUGCCCCUUUGAAUUCAGAUACUCUCACGGUUACUUUUAAGCCAUCAGACAAGUACGAUCAAGCUUUUGCUUUUGUUAACGGGAUCGAGGUGAUUCAAAUGCCAGAUUUGUUUGAUUCAGCCAUUUUAGUUGGGCAUUCCGAACAAACCGUUGAUGCAAAAAGCACGAAUUUGCAGACAAUGUUUAGGCUCAAUGUUGGUGGGCAAUAUAUACCGCCACUCCAAGAUUCUAAUCUUACAAGGACAUGGUACGAUGAUACGCCUUAUUUAUAUGGCGCAUCAGUUGGGGACACCAGUCAAGCUGCUGACGAUGUCACUAUCGACUACCAAACCAUGCCACAUUACAUUGCUCCUCCCAGUGUCUACUCUACGUCAAGAUCGAUGGGGAACGAUCAGAACGUGAACAUGGGAUAUAACCUCACCUGGACAUUCCAAAUUGAUCCAAAUUUCAUGUACCUCGUGAGGUUUCACUUCUGUGAUUAUUAUUUUUCUAGAGUGAACGAGAUAGUUUUCGAUAUCUACGUGAACAAUCAAACGGCACAGGCCGAAGCAGAUGUAAUAGCGUGGACAGGGGGAAAAGGAGUGCCAACGUACAAGGACUAUGUGGUGAUUGUGCAAGAUGGGCAGGGCAGCGAGCAAUUAUGGAUCGCUCUGCAUCCAUCGCCCGAAACAAAGCCUGAGUACUAUGAUGCAAUAUUGAGUGGGGUAGAGAUAUUCAAGAUCAAUGGCACAGCCUUGGCUGGGCCAAAUCCUCAACCGUCAGAUAUGCUGGUGAAGAGUAAGCAAAAAUCGCAGACUUUUAACACACCCAGAAGCAGUCACAAAAAGACCGUAUUAUUAAGUGCCGGAGGAGCCGCGGGAGUUGCAUUCUUAGCUGCAAUAUGCAUUGUUGUGUACCAGAAGAAGAAGAGAGCGCCGGGAUCAGAUUCACAUACAUCAUGGCCACCAAUCUAUGGGAAUUCCCAUUCAAAUGGCAGUAGAUCCACGAUGUCAGGGAAAAGCUAUGCUGGAAGCAACAUAUCGGCCAUGGCUCAGGGUCUUUGUCGCUAUUUUUCCCUGCAGGAAAUCAAGCAAGCGACCAAGAAUUUCGACGAGUCUAAUGUCAUUGGGGUUGGAGGAUUUGGGAAGGUUUAUAAGGGUGUUAUAGACAACGGGAUGAAAGUGGCCAUUAAAAGGUCGAAUCCACAAUCAGAACAGGGAGUGAAUGAGUUCCAGACUGAAAUUGAGAUGCUUUCGAAACUAAGACACAAGCAUUUGGUGUCCUUGAUUGGGUUCUGUGAGGAGCAGAAUGAGAUGUGCCUUGUUUAUGACUACAUGGCUCGCGGCACCCUAAGGGAGCAUCUAUACAAGAGCAGCAAAUCUCUGUCUACUUUGUCGUGGAAACAAAGGUUGGAGAUUUGCAUUGGAGCUGCAAGAGGGCUUCACUACCUUCACACUGGGGCCAAAUACACCAUCAUCCAUAGGGAUGUCAAGUCAACUAACAUUCUAUUGGAUGAAAGUUGGACUGCCAAGGUUUCAGAUUUCGGGUUAUCAAAAACAGGUCCGGACAUGAAAAAUGGGCAUGUUAGUACAGUGGUGAAGGGAAGCUUCGGAUAUUUGGACCCUGAAUAUUUCAGGAGACAACAGCUGACCGAGAAGUCUGAUGUGUAUUCAUUUGGAGUGGUCUUGUUCGAGGUUCUAUGCGCAAGGCCGGUUUUGAAUGCUAACCUUCCAAAGGAGCAAGUGUCUCUUGCGGAUUGGGCUUUGAGCUGCAAAAGAAAGGGGACGUUGGAGGAUAUUAUUGACCCGCGUCUGAAAGGAAAGAUCAACCCAGAAAGUUUGAGCAAGUUUGCAGACACAGCAGAGAAGUGUUUGAGUGAUCAUGGGCUUGCCCGACCCUCGAUGAAUGAUCUGUUGUGGAAUCUAGAACUUGCUCUUAACCUCCAACAAAGCACAAAUGGAUCGAAUAACUCUUGGGAGGAAAGCGAGCUUCAAGGGGCGUGUUUGCGAGACAAUGACGUGGCAAAGCUUAUCCGUACAGGUGAGCAUGAGGCAGGCCAAGAUUCUGCUGAUACUUCACAAGUUAUCUUCUCACAAAUCGUCAAUCCUACGGGACGAUGA